AUGAGGGUGAAUGACCAACAAGUGACUUUCAACGUGUUCAAUGCUAUGAAGUUUCCAGAUGAGGUUGAGGAAUGCUCUAGGCUAAGUGUAAUUGAGUCUAUUGUUGCUGAAAAAUUCCAUAAGGAAGCUUGUAAAGAUGGAGUGGGGUUGGGGUCACUUGAAGAGCUUGAAAACUUAAGUGAAGAGGACGAAAGCCAAGUUACAUGGGUGGAGUCAAAGCAGCCCUUUGCUAAAUUUAGGAGGCCUUUUGAGUCAUUGAACUUGUCGGAAGGAAAUUUUAAGCCUCCUAAGCCUUCUAUUCAAGAGCCACCAAAAUUAGAGUUGAAGCCUUUGCCUAGUCACUUGAAAUAUGCUUAUUUGAGAGAUAAUGAGACCUUGCCUGUGAUUAUUUCAGCCAUGUUAGGAGCUGAAAAAGAGAGUUUGUUGCUGGCUGUUUUGAAGAAAUACACAAGGGCCAUUGGUUGGACUAUGGCAGAUAUCAAGGGAAUAAGUCCCUCAUUUUGUAUGCAUAAAAUUCUGUUGGAGGAGUGCUGUAAUAAUUCUAUUGAGCAACAGCGAAGGAUUAAUCCUAUCAUGAAGGAAGUGGUUAGAAAAGAGACAAUUAAGUGGCUUGAUUAUGGAAUUGUUUACCCAAUUUCAGAUAGUUCUUGGGUUAGCCCAAUUCAGUGUGUUCCUAAAAAAGGUGGAGUCACAGUGGUGGCUAAUGAAAAUAAUGAGUUGAUUCCCAUAAGACAAGUGAUAGGGUGGCGUGUUUGUAUGGACUAUCAGAAGUUGAAUAAGGCUACUCGUAAAGACAACUUCUCGCUGCCAUUCAUUGACCAAAUGCUUGAUCGGUUGGCGGGAAAGGAGUUUUAUUAUUUCCUUGACGGUUAUUUAGGCUAUAAUCAGAUUUCCAUCGCGCCAGAAGACCAAGAGAAGACUACCUUUACUUGUCCUUAUGGCACCUUUGCCUUUAGAAGGAUGCCUUUUGAGCUGUGCAACGCCCCCGCCACUUUCCAACGUUGUAUGAUGGCAAUAUUUUCAUAUAUGGUGGAGAAGUCUCUUGAAGUCUUCAUGGAUGAAUUUUCAGUGUUUGGGGAGUCUUUUGACACUUGUUUGGCUAACUUGGAGAAAGUCUUGGCUAGAUGA